GCUGCCUUUGUUUGCCGUCUCCUCCGUGGGCUCUGUGGCCGGAGGGCUAAGUGGGCAUCAUGGGUACUCAGAAAGUUCUCUGGGAUGCCAUUGUGAUGGGGGCAGGCAUCCAGGGCUGCUUCACUGCGUACCACCUGGCCAAACACGGGAAAAGAGUCCUCCUGCUGGAGCAGUUCUUUCUUCCACACUCCCGAGGAAGCUCCCAUGGACAGAGUCGCAUAAUCCGAAAGGCCUACCCUGAAGACUUCUACACUAAGAUGAUGGAUGAGGGAUACCGGAUUUGGGCCCAGCUGGAGCAGGAGACUGGAACCCAGCUGCACAGGCAGACUCAACUACUGCUGCUGGCAUUGAAGGAGAAUCCAGAACUAAAGACAAUGCAGGCCACUCUGUCAAGGCACGGGAUAGAACACGAGUAUCUUUCAUCUGGAGAACUAAAGCAACGUUUCCCAAAUAUUCAGUUCACCAGGGGAGAAGUAGGGCUCUUGGACAAGUCCGGAGGUGUCCUCUAUGCCGACAAGGCCCUCAGGGUCCUCCAGGAAGCGAUUCGCCAUCUAGGAGGCACAGUGCAGGAUGGGGAGAAGGUGGUGGAGAUAAGACCCGGGCAACCAGUCACGGUGAAAACCACUUCUGGGAGCUACCAAGCCAAGAGCGUGAUCAUUACUGCAGGUCCUUGGACCAACCAGCUCCUCCGUCCCCUGGGAAUUGAGUUACCUCUCCAGACACUGCGGAUCAAUGUGUGUUACUGGCGAGAGAAAGUUCCUGGGAGCUACAGCGUGUCCAAAGCCUUUCCAUGCUUCCUGUGCCUCGACCUGGCUCCCCACCACAUCUAUGGGCUGCCUGCGGGAGAGUACCCAGGGCUGAUGAAGGUCUGCUAUCACCAUGGCAACAGUGUGGACCCUGAGGAGCGGGACUGCCCCACAGCCUUCUCAGACAUCCAAGACGUCCAGAUCCUGUGCCGCUUUGUCAGAGACCACUUACCUGGCCUGAGGCCGGAGCCCGACAUCAUGGAGCAUUGCAUGUACACGAACACCCCUGAUAAGAAUUUUAUUCUCGAUCGCCACCCGAAGUAUGACAACAUUGUCAUUGGUGCUGGAUUCUCUGGGCAUGGAUUCAAGCUGUCCCCUGUUGUGGGGAAGAUUCUGUAUGAAUUAAGCAUGAAAUUAACACCGUCCUAUGAUCUGACACCUUUUCGAAUCAGCCGCUUCUCUGGCCUGGGCAAAGCCCAUCUUUGACCCCUGACCACCAGCCCCCUUCUGUGCACAGGAGCCCUCUGCUGGGGAGGACUUCUCAGAUGGAAGAAAGGCCCUAGGAUAUCAUUUUAAACUCCUGCUUCUCUUGAAAUCCCUGCAAACACCAAGUAAUUGAGUCUGCCUCUUUCUCUAGACAGCUCCCCAAUUUCAAUGACCUUCUCUCUCCCUCCUGGAAAGCCAAUUAGAUGUUCCAUCAUCUCAGAGUAGCAAGGACUUUGGGACUGGCUCAGGAGACCAAAGCGGUGGUUAAAAAAAAAUUCUCUUUAUUGGGGACAUUCAAUGAACAUGGGGUGGAUUUGGCUAAAUUUGCCCAGGGGAGGGUAAACAAAAGACCUAGAUCACUAAUGC